GAUGAAUAUGAUAUGACCAUCCAGUUUAGACUAUUUAGUACAACAAUGAAUCUCACGUGGCGCGGUUAGUCGGUCAGUGCCCACGCGAGUUGAAGUUGAAGAGAAUCACAUGACUGAGAAGAGACUCCUAUCUGAGCGAGAUGUGUUAUUAUAAUACAUUUAUUUCAACAUAAAACACAGACUGAGAACAAGAUGGGCCCUGCGUAUUCCUGUGUACACACAGUUUAGAUCCAUGAUGUUCACUGACUGAGGGCCUGCGCCUGACCCUGACCCUGCUCCACUGAUCAGCCAACCCGGGUUCCCUCUGUUAUAACUGUCUCGUGUGUGUGUUAUAACUGUCUCGUGUGACGAUGGCCCCUGCCGUGGGCGGACCUGUGGGUUACACCCCUCCAGAGGGUGGGUGGGGCUGGGCGGUGGUUGCCGGGGCGUUCAUCUCCAUUGGAUUCUCCUACGCCUUCCCCAAGUCCAUCACCGUCUUCUUCAAGGAGAUCGAGGUGAUCUUCGAAGCCACACCCUCCCAGGUGUCCUGGAUCUCUUCCAUCAUGUUGGCCUGCAUGUACGGAGGAGGACCAAUAAGCAGCAUCCUUGUGAACCGCUACGGCAGUCGACCAAUCAUGAUGCUGGGAGGCUGUCUGUCAGGAAGUGGUUUGAUAGCAGCUUCCUUCUGCAACACUGUGGAACAACUUUACUUCUGUGUCGGCGUCAUUGGAGGUCUGGGAUUAGCGUUCAACCUUAAUCCGGCUCUGACAAUGAUCGGUAAAUACUUCUACAAGCGACGUCCCAUCGCUAACGGCAUCGCCAUGGCGGGCAGCCCGGUCUUCCUGUCCACGCUGUCUCCACUCAAUAGCUGGUUCUUUGACCAGUUUGGUUGGAGGGGGUCCUUCCUGAUCCUGGGGGGUCUGCUACUCAACUGCUGUGUGGCCGGCUCUCUGAUGCGCCCCAUCGGACCCAAACCCUCCGCGGCCAAACCUUCUGACCCUGAACCCUCUGAUAAUGGGGAGUUGAAGAAGCAGUUGGAGCCGAAGCGCACAGUGAUGCAGCGUGUCAACGCGGUGAUUGACCUGACGCUCUUCCGACACCGCGGCUUCCUGCUGUAUCUCCUGGGCAACAUCGUCAUGUUCUUUGGCCUGUUCACGCCGCUCAUCUUCCUGUCCAACUUUGCCAAGAGCAGAGGGAUCAGCAAGGAGAAGGCGGCCUUCCUGCUGUCCGUUCUGGCCUUUGUGGACAUGUUCGCCCGUCCCUCCAUGGGCCUCCUGGCCAACACGCGCUGGGUCCGACCCAGGAUCCAGUACUACUUUGCGGCCUCUGUGCUCUACAACGGGGUGUGUCACAUCCUGGCCCCGCUGUCCGUGGACUACGUCGGCUUCGUGGUAUAUGCCGUGUUCUUUGGCUUUGCCUUCGGCUGGCUGUCAUCGGUCCUGUUUGAGACCUUGAUGGACCUGGUUGGGGCCCAGAGGUUCUCCUCGGCCGUGGGUCUGGUCACCAUUGUGGAGUGUGGCCCGGUUCUGCUGGGACCCCCGCUGCUCAGUAAGUUCUAUGAUGUCUAUCAGGACUACCAGUGGACGUACUUGUGUUGUGGCAUCAUCCUGAUCAUCUCCUCCGUCUUCCUGUUCGUGGGGAUGGGCAUCAACUACAAGCUGCUGGAGAAGGAGAAGAGAGCAGAGGAGCGGAAGGAGCGGGAGGAGCCCCGAGACGAGGCCACCGCCAUGCUGGGUGGGAAGGAGCUCAAUGCAGCCACGCCCAUGACUGACGUCUGCAAGAUGGAUGAAGAUACUGUAUAGAGAUUGCUCCCACUGGCACGCACACAGACACACACACACACACACACACACACACAGCUAUGUGCCUUCUGUAGAUAGAUGUGUUGAAUUCAUUCCAACACAGAACCACUCUCUCAAGGAUCACACACACAGAAACACUUGUACUCCAGCCCUACACAGACACGUACACUCAUUCAGUGAAAAGCAAGCUUUCUGUUCUCCCACACUGACACACACACACCUGAAGGGUCAAAGUCUUUGUGCCUCUCAGAUCCAGUGUCCCAUAUGAUCAGUCACAGUGCUACAGUCACAGUGCUACAGUCACAGUGCUACAGUCACAGUGCUACAGCUGAUUUGGCUGAUUGACUGACUUUAUUAAGUAUAAUGUUGUUUUGAUAUGUUGGUGAGUAAAGCAAAUGUAGGAACGAUGUAGGAUGUCGUCACCGUGCACACCAUAGAACCAGGGUGAUGUCACCGUGCACACCAUAGAACCAGGGUGAUGUCACCGUGCACACCAUAGAACCAGGGUGAUGUCACCGUGCACACCAUAGAACCAGGGUGAUGUCACCGUGCACACCAUAGAACCAGGGUGAUGUCACCGUGCACACCAUAGAACCAGGGUGAUGUCACCGUGCACACCAUAGAAGCAGGGUGAUGUCACCGUGCACUCCAUAGAAGCAGGGUGAUGUCACCGUGCACACCAUAGAAGCAGGGUGAUGUCACCGUGCACACCAUAGAAGCAGGGUGAUGUCACCGUGCACACCAUAGAAGCAGGGUGAUGUCACCGUGCACACCAUAGAAGCAGGGUGAUGUCACCGUGCACACCGUAGAGCAGGGUGAUGUCACCGUGCACACCGUAGAGGCAGCGUGAUGUCACCGUGCACACCGUAGAAGCAGCGUGAUGUCACCGUGCACACUGUAGAAGCAGCGUGAUGUCACCGUGCACACCGUAGAAGCAGCGUGAUGUCACCGUGCACACCGUAGAAGCAGGGUGAUGUCACCGUGCACACCAUAGAAGCAGGGUGAUGUCACCGUGCACACCAUAGAAGCAGGGUGAUGUCACCGUGCACACCAUAGAAGCAGGGUGAUGUCACCGUGCACACCAUAGAAGCAGGGUGAUGUCACCGUGCACACCAUAGAAGCAGGGUGAUGUCACCGUGCACACCAUAGAAGCAGGGUGAUGUCACCGUGCACACCGUAGAAGCAGGGUGAUGUCACCGUGCACACCGUAGAGGCAGCGUGAUGUCACCGUGCACACUGUAGAAGCAGCGUGAUGUCACCGUGCACACUGUAGAAGCAGCGUGAUGUCACCGUGCACACCGUAGAAGCAGCGUGAUGUCACCGUGCACACCGUAGAAGCAGGGUGAUGUCACCGUGCACACCGUAGAAGCAGGGUGAUGUCACCGUGCACACCGUAGAAGCAGGGUGAUGUCACCGUGCACACCAUAGAAGCAGGGUGAUGUCACCGUGCACACCAUAGAAGCAGGGUGAUGUCACCGUGCACACCAUAGAAGCAGGGUGAUGUCACCGUGCACACCGUAGAAGCAGGGUGAUGUCACCGUGCACACCGUAGAAGCAGGGUGAUGUCACAGUCUUUUUUUUUAAAAAGGAAACACCAGGAGUUUCCUUUUUAAACUCUCCAGUUUAGCUUUAAGCACUUUGAACUAUUGUCACAGUUUUUAGUCUUUGCCAGUGUGUUUUGGUGCCUGGUUUGAGAGUCCGGACACACAUUUUAAAAGACAGCACCCUGCCCAAGGAAAUGAGAGGGAGAGGGUCUCCAACACCACUCCCAGCCCUCUCCCACCCAAGGGACCCUCAGGACCCACUUAGCUCCAGCCUCCAUACUGGGCCGCGGACUGCAGGGUGGGACUGGAUCAUAUCAGCAAGUACAUGAGGGUUGUAGAUUCCCAGAACCAGGAAAUGAGCAGGAUGUCUUGGAAUGCUCCAAUCAGUGUUUCCCAGAAUGACUAGAGUUGUCUGAUCCCUUUGGUUGACAGGCUGGGUGUUGCUGACUAACCUGCAGGCAGCAGCAGAGCUGGGCACAAAGUCAGAAUCUGUCAGGGUGUUUUGGGUUUCCUGAUGCCAGUCAUUUGUAUUUUUACUUGUUAAUGUUUAUAAGCACUCCACUUGUUUUAUAAGAAAUGGGAUGAAAUUACAUUUGUGUGUGUGUGUAAGCAGGGUGCGUUCACAGCAUAAGAGGAUAGAGGACCCACUUUUCCCAUAUGGAGUAUCUGACAGCACGGGCGUGAUUGUUGACAACAGCCUUUUGGUCACUAGAAGGUCAUCCUUCCUAACGGUCACUGUAGUCAGAGUCCAGGGUUAGGGUCCAGGGUUAGGGUCCAGGGUUAGGGUCCAGGGUUAGGGUCCAGGCGUAUUCAUUCCCACAAACGUUUCAUUGCUAAAUAAUUGGUCCAAGAGGACCCUGGGGUGAGAGUUUGUCCUAUUCAAAAUGUGUCUGAGGGAAUACGGCCCAGGUCAAUGCUGCUGUAUUCACCCCCCAUCUGUGUCACCUUUAUUACGGUCCCCUCUCAGGACAUCUGAUACAGUAGGAUCUAGCAACACCAUCUGGAGGUGUCACCUUUAUUACGGUCCCCUCUCAGGACAUCUGAUACAGUAGGAUCUAGCAACACCAUCUGGAGGUGUCACCUUUAUUACAGUCCCCUCUCAGGACAUCUGAUACAGUAGGAUCUAGCAGCACCAUCUGGAGGUGUCACCUUUAUUAUAAUCCCCUCUCAGGACAUCUGAUACAGUAGGAUCUAGCAGCACCAUCUAGAUGUGUCACAUUUAGUAUUGAACCUGUUUUAUUCAAUAUGUUUUGAUUGCCUGUGAGUUUGUAGGGGUUUUUCUAGGCGCAGCAGCCAUUUUACUGAAUGUAACUAACAACAUCUCAGAAUAAUGAACAUGAUGUGUUAUAAGUGUUUCUCUAAUUUAACAAAGGAAAAUAACAGCUUUCAACAUAGGUUUGCUCCCUGGGAAAUGUACAUAGUAGCCAGCUAUUAUAACAGAUUGGGAGAUUUUGGGCUGUUUUUGAACAAUUGCAAAUGAAAAUUAAUAUUUUGUGGCUGUCAUGCAGUGAUGUCAUGCAGUGAUGAUGCGGUACUUUCCUGUCAUACUUAAGAGAGGUUUUUUAAAGACACUCCUGCACACUAUGCCAAUAUUAAAUCAGGGAGUAGAGACUUUGCCAGACGUGUAGGAAUUAAUUUUAUCUGUAGUUAAAUUUCUCAGUCACCAGUCAUUUACCUCCACAGUUUGGACACCUAUGUUUUGUCAAGAAAUCAGGAUUCAGUAAAAACCACAAAAGUAUUGUACCAGGUUUUAUAAGGAAUAAAUAAACCAUUUUAAACCGAA